UCGAACUCUUCUUCCGCAAGCAAAUCAUUUUUCUGGAGAAUUCGGAGCGGAGCGGCUCGCUUCAGCAAUGGCGGCGACCGACGGCGUCCCCGUUCGAUGCCAAAGGAUCGGGUGUGAUACCGUGUUCACCGAGCAAGACAACGUCGAUGGAUCCUGCCGAUACCAUGAUUCUGGGCCAAUAUUCCAUGAUGGAAUGAAAGAAUGGAGUUGCUGCAAGCAAAAAAGUCAUGAUUUUAGCUUAUUUUUGGCAAUUCCAGGCUGUAAGACAGGUAAACAUACAACUGAGAAACCAGCUACCAAGAUUGUCUCUACAAACACUCGAAAACCUGCCCCGGUUCAAUCUUCCACACAAAAGAAAAGUGAAGAAUCUUGUUCAAGGUGCCGUCAAGGUUUCUUCUGCUCUGAUCAUGGUAUGGUGCCUCUGAUACUAGAUGCUCCUCUCCUUGUAUUACCUUUUGAAUCACUUGGUGGAAAUCCUCAUGGUUCACAAGGGAGGCCUUCAAAGGCAGCCGUUGUGCUUGGUGACACUGACAACCCGGUAGAAAACAGCCCCGCUCCGGUUAAGAAAAAGAUCGGUAUCAAUGAACCCCAGACUUGCAGAAACAAGGGAUGUGGCAAAACCUUCAAGGAGAAGGAGAACCAUGAAACAGCAUGUGAAUAUCAUCCAGGUCCAGCGGUUUUCCAUGACCGUCUGAGAGGGUGGAAAUGUUGCGACGUCCAUGUGAAAGAAUUCGAUGAGUUCCUGAGCAUACCUCCAUGCGCUAAAGGUUGGCACAAUGCCGAUGCUGCAUGACAGUACUAGAGAAACCUAGCCACCAUCCACCUCCAUAAUGGCUUUUCCAUGAACAUGUUCUGCUGAAACCAAUAUAUCAUUCAAGUGAGGAUUUGUCUGCUCGUUGGAAAACUGUGGGUUGGCCACUGGCAAGAGAUUUUGAUGAUCAACUUUGAAUGACAACCUGUGAGAUGAUGCAAGAAUUCUAUCGGGUUGGAGUCUGGUGGUGUUGUGUAGUAUCUGAUCAUCGUGUCGCAGAGGUUUGACUCUAGAGAGGGAGUGAAGGAUUCUUUAGUAGAAGACGAAGAAGAGUGGAUGGAUGGAUGAGCAGAAGGGAAUCCUCCGGGAAGGGCGGAGAGUUGACGAAGACGAGGAUUGACGGUUGACUUUUGUUUGUCUGUUGACUGUUUCUGAUCAGUUUCCGUUUUUGCCUCUUUUACAAAUUUAUGUUAAAAUAAAGCCCAAAUAUAUUGCUUGA